AUGGCGAAUAAACCUUUGGUAAUUCUUCUCUUCAUCUCCAUCUUCCUUCCUCUUUGCUUUUCACUUCCGUUGCUCCAAGUUUCUCCAUUUGCAUUUCUCAAUGACCUCCAAGGAUGUAAGAAAGGUGAUCAUGUCAAUGGCAUAUCCAAGCUUAAGAACUUUUUCCAUUACUAUGGUUAUUUAAACCAUCGAAUCAACGUCACUGGCCAUUUGAUCGAAGCUGACUUCGACGAUACCUUUGACGAUUUCCUCGAGUCAGCCAUCAAAACCUACCAACAAUAUUUCCAUCUCAACCCCACUGGACUCCUUGAUGUUGAGACGAUAUCCCAACUCGCAACACCUCGAUGCGGUGUUCCAGAUAUCAUCAAUGGAACUACCAGUCGAAUGUUAUCAGAACAUGACAACGAUAACGACAGUGAACAUGAUCACCAUCACCAUCACCUUCCUCACGCCGUCUCGCACUACGCUUUCUUCCCAGGAAGGCGUAGGUGGCCAUCAACCAAAUACCGCCUCACAUAUGCAUUUCUUCCUGGCACUCGUGCGGAUGCAAAAGCACCGGUGGCUCGAGCAUUCGCGACGUGGGCUCGGAACACCCAUUUUAAGUUUUCUUUGGCCACAAACUAUAGAAGAGCUGACUUGAAGAUAGGUUUCUAUGGAGGAAACCAUGGAGAUGGGUACCCAUUUGAUGGGCCAGGGGGGACUUUGGCACAUGCUUUUGCUCCAACUGAUGGAAGAUUUCAUUAUGAUUCAACGGAGAAAUGGGCUGUUGGGGCAGUGAAAGGGAGAUAUGAUUUACAAACAGUGGCUUUGCAUGAGAUUGGACAUCUUCUUGGACUUGGGCAUAGCAAUGUUAGGAAUGCUAUAAUGUAUCCUUAUAUCAAAUCAGGGACUACUAAGGGUUUGAAUGCAGAUGAUAUCAAAGGAAUCAAGGUUUUAUACAACAGACGCUAA